AUGGCCGUAACAAAAUCAGUCCAUCGGUCAAUUUGUCCAUAUUGUCGCUGUGCUUCAGGCAUCAUGACGAGCCAGCGUCCUCCCUCCAGCAUGGGUCGUCCAAUGAGUCGCACUGGGUCUGUGGUCCCUGGUGCUGGAAGACCCCCAACAGGUGUCCGACCUCCUCCAACAGCUAUACGUGUUGCAACUGGGAUGGUUCCAGGUACAAGUGGUCAUCCUGGUAUGAGGGGCGGGAUCCCAAGUGCCACUGCUGGAGUCCUGUCAGCACAGAUCAAAGUGACUGACAGGCCGGUCACCCAACAGGGGCUCAGUGGCAUGAAGACGGGCAUGAAAGGACCUCAGAGACAGAUUCUGGAUAAGUCCUACUACCUGGGCCUUCUCAGGAGUAAGAUCAAUGAGUUGACCACAGAGACGAGCAAACUGCACAAAGAGAUUGACAACUACAACCAGGAGAACUCUGUCUACCUCUCCUACGAGAAGAGGGCUGAGGGUCUGGCUGCAGAGAUUAAGGAUCUACAAGGCCAGCUUGCUGAUUACAAUAUGCUUGUGGACAAGCUCAACACCAACACGGAGAUGGAGGAAAUGAUGAAUGAUUACAACAUUUUGAAAGCCCAGAACGACAACGCGGCUGAAAGCAUCGACAGCAUCUUCACCGAGAGGAGGGAACGAGAGGAGGCGAUCAGGGGGAUUGAGGAGGAGAUCAAGAGGGAGAGGCAGGUCGCUGAUGAAGUCGUCCAAUCAAUGUCUGCUGCAAAACAAGAGAAGUAUUUCACUAUGGCUUCAGCCAAUGAGGAGCUGUUACAGGAGCUCACUGUUCUGCAGGAGGAGUUGGACCUUCUGGUGACCAGGAAGGAGGACUAUGAAGCAGAGCUGGCCCACUCGCAAAUAAAGCAGGAAGUGGUGCGUCUUCAUGAGACUCUGUCAACGCUGGAGGGGAAGCGUGAAGCCAUGGAGGCUGAGCACAAGAGCCUGGGCUCCCCCCAGGAGGAGAGAGAGAAGCUAUUCAAACAGGUGAAGGAGGACAACCAAGAAAUUGCCAGUAUGGAGAGACAGCUCACAGAAACCAGAGACCGGACCACACAAAUCAAAGAGCAGAUCCAACAGCUGGAGCAGGACUCAGAGGAAGCUCAGGGAGAGGUUCAACAGAAAUACAAGGAGCUGAAGAGGAAAGAGGAGGAAAUUGACCGCUUCCUGGAGUCCUUUGAGGUGUCCAGGUCUCAGGUGCAGGAGAAGAUGAGGCAGAGCCAGGAGGACACUGUCUCCCUCCUGGAGCACAGCAGCAGGAACAUGUUGCGGCUGCGUCAGGUGGAUACAGUGACGGCCAGUGAGCUGAGGAGCAUGCAGGAGGUGCUGGUCAGCAAGGAGACUGAGGUGGUCCAAUCAGCGAGCACCGCCAAGGGACUGACAACAGAGUCGCAGCGCUUGCAGCAGGACCUGGAGAAGGUGCAGCAGCUGGAGGGGAAGAUCACAGGAGAGCUCAGCACCCUGAAGGAGCGCGUCAGCACCAUGGAGACUGAGCUGCACACCUACCGAGACCUGGACACCCUGAGAGACACAGCCGAGGACAAGAAGAAGAGGCUGCAGGACGACCGAGUGUCACUGACUCAGCGUCGAGAUUCAUUCAAGCAGCUCCUGGACGAGAUGAACCAGAAAUAUGAAGCUCUGAAAACCAAACUGCAAGAGAACGAGACUCACGCUCAGCUGGCUAACCUGGAGAGGAAGUGGCAGCACUUGGAGCAGAACAACUUUGUGAUGAAAGAGUUCAUCGCUUCGAAAUCCCAGGAGAGCGACUACGCGUCGGUGGCCAAGAACGUCUCUCAACAAGUGGCCGAGUACAACAAGUGUCUCAUCGAGUCGCUACAGAGCAACAGGAGCUGAACACACAGGGACACAAUGUGUAUUGUUAACACAGUAUGAAUGGUUGGUUAUCACACCCAGUGAGACUGGCUAGGAUACAAGAUAUGCUAUCAAAUAUUUAUGGUUAACUGUCAAUGAUACUGACAUAACACUGCUCCUAGUAACCUUCACACAUGUGUCAGUAAGACAGUCAUCUUAAAGGGAUAGGUCACCCAAAAAUAAAAAUUCACUCAUCUACUCACCACUAUGUCGAUGGAGGGCUGGAUGACGUGUCAGGGGUUAACAGCGUUGAAGCUGAAUCAAUUAAAGUUAAUGGUGACCGAGACUUCAAACGGUGUAAAUGACUCUGUUUCAAGUCGAUUUUGAAUGUCUACACACUUGAACGACUCCAUGCAAGCAGCAUGGAGACAUUUUGUGUUUUAAGUUUAAGAAUAGUUCACCAUUUACCUUACAUAUAAGACCCACUCCUUUAUCGGCAUAGUGGUAAAAUGAUAAGGGAAUUUAGAUUUUUGGGUGACCUAUCCCUUUAAAACUGCAGUUCUUCACACAGUUCAGAGAGGAUGUUAGUUUGUCAAUGUUUCUCUCAUUCCUCUCUUGCAGUUGCUAAACCAGUAAUAUGUUUGUUUGAUUGAAUUUGAUACAUAAUUAUCUAAAAUGUUAUUAGCUAUUGCACAGCUACGAUAUUUUUUCAACAGAGGUUUAAAAAAAAUAUGCUUAAUGUCCUUUACAGCUAUUGGUCCUUGCAAGAAAUAAAAAGGCCAUUUAAAAAAGUUGAUUUGCUGCAGAUUCUUUUAGCAAAACUCAGUGAAGUUUAGAACAAACACAUUCUGCUGUGUGUUGGUGUGAGCUUUGUACUUUGUACUACUUCUGUUCACAAAUUAUGAAUGCUCAGGAUAACAUUUUUAUUUUUGUACGUUCCAGGCUGACAGUUAUAAACAUUAAUUUAGCACAAAAUGCUAAAUGAACAAGUCCUCUUCUUAGAGUCCUUACAGUACUGGACACUUAUGUCCCUGUUCAAGCAAAAAAAUUCUAAGCUACAUGUCAAAGUGUUUAGAAAAUGAUAGAAUUUCACCGUAAAACUAAAUUAAAUGAUUAACGUUAGUCAAAUGAAAACAUGAAAAAUUGUCUUCAUGUGGUCAAAACCUUCCAAGAGACAGAUGUGGAUGGGAAAUGUUCAUCACAAUAAAUCUUGCUUCAUUUUUG